AUGACAAUCAAACUGGGGCUCAUAAAUGACGUCCAGGUGCGGUUUUUAUGCCCAACCGAUUUGGAUGAGGUCAAACGGCUCUGUCGUGAAUGGUUUCCAAUCGAGUAAGUUUAUACAGAAAGAGAGGUUUAGUUUUUAAAGGGAGUAGCAAUUAAACUUUUUUACAAAACCUAUUCAAAAAUGUAGCAUUCAAGAGAGCUGAAGCUCUUUUUAAUGCAAUUUUUGUUUAAAAAAGGACGCGAACAGACUUGAUCGGGCUUGAUACGUUCUUGUUGUCGUCAUGUCAAACUUUAGUAAAGCUUAAGCUUAGCGUUCGUUUAUUACCCGAUUACCGUGCUUUGGUAGACCAGGUGCAAAAACAUAUGUAGUUUUUUAGAUUAUAUAAAAGGUAAAAGAAAUGAACAACACUGUAUUACUCAACGCAACAGUUUAUUAAGUUGAAAAACAGCUGAAAAUAGUAGUCAAGGACUUUGAGUGACAGUAGGAGAACUUGAAACUUUGCCCUGUGAAGCAUGCCAGAUGAAAAAUGCGUAUGACUUGAGUUAUAUUUUUAAAGUAAAAACAUUCCUAGAUAUUUGAAUAUUUACAGCUAUGUUAUGUGAUUUUUCCCUCUUGUAAAAAGUGCCCAGUUUUUGUAAACAAAAGAGGCAGCAAAAUACAGAAAUUGAGUGCUUAAGCCUUGUUCAAAAGCAAAAGUGUUUUGCCUGUUAUUGUUCAGCAUGUACUUUUCUUUAUCAAUUGCUACAGUUUGUAAAUUUUCCCCAGGUUUUGAAUUCAGGGCUUUGUUGAUCUGACCUGGCUACAUAGCGUGUGAGUCCGCAUGAUCACAAACCCUAGAUUUGUUUUUAUUCAUGCAUUGAGCAGCUCAGCCUGUGCUUUAGUAGAUUCCAUUUCACAAUUUGCUUUUCUUUCAUAGAGCACAGGUGAUGUCAAAAUGUGGUAAGAACAAAAAAUUGAAGAUGUAGAUGAGCCAUAGGCAAAUGUUUCACUGAUAUCCUUACCACAUUAUUUUUCAUGUCUUCCAUGAUCUACAUUUCUAACAAAACAGACUCACAGAAAAAUGGAAUCUAUUUGUUUUAUAUUAUAUGUGCAAUGAACAGAGAAUGGUCAAACAUGCCUUGUAGCUCUAAAGAUUUGAUCCAGUGUAGGCCUUUACUUGCUCAGUGUGGAAUAAUUUUACAAAAUGUAAAAAAUGUUGUCUAUGUUGGACAAAGCAAAGAGAACCAUUUUUCUGCAAUAUCCAAUUGCAUACUCUGAAAGACCAUCUGCAAACAAACAAUCACAGUGUACAAUGCAAAGCACUCAGUAUUUUGUAUAAGACAAACUCAUCAAAAUAGAAGAGGUUACUUAAACUUUUUUUCAAUGCUGAUCGCAUUAUUUUUCUGUAUGUUUUGCAGAUACCCUGAUGUCUGGUAUGACGAGAUAACAUCAAGUUCCCGGUUUUUUUCCCUAGCAGCUACACUAAACAAGAGCAUCAUUGGUCUUCUUGUAGCAGAAGUCAAAACAAAGUCUCUCUGUAAUAAAGAGGUAUAAAAAUUGUUUAUCUGGAGGUGAUAAACUUACAUCUGUUUAAAAAUAAUGUACUGUAAAAAGCCUUCUGUUAAAUACAUGUAGCUUUUACAUUAUACUGGUGGCAGGCUGACUUAGCAAACAGAACGGGAACAUCAGUUGGUGACGGGAAAGCAUGCAAAAAGGACUGAACACGACUUCUGGUGCCCAGUUUGCCACUCUGCCAUUGGUCAAGCCAUUUGUUUGAUUUGCGUGGGCUGUCGUCAACUGACUUUCCUGUACUGUUGCUAAAUCAGCCUUGUCAUGUGCAAAACUGUUUAUGUCUUGCAGGACAGUGGCAUUCUUUCCUUCACAUUUAAUGAUGACACCCUUGUGGCAUAUAUUUUAAGUAUUGGUGUGGUUAAAGUGUAUAGAAGACAUGGAAUAGGUCAGUAAUAAGUUGUAGGAAAAGGUGGAUUUGUUAUCAGGAUAAAUAACAUACAGAUGGUGGCAUUGCAACCACUGAUCUUUUUAGAGUGAAUCCUACAUUGUGUAAGAGUAGGGGCCUGCCAGUUGGAUGAAAGGAAUGUUGUGUUUCAAUUUUAUCCUUGGUUUGAAAUUUCUUUUCCUUUAUUUUUUGUGGAGUGUAAUGACUGAUAAUGAGUUUAAAACAAAAGAAAAUACUGGUAAACAUGUAUUAUUUUCAAUAAUAGCUAGUCUCCUGCUAUCCAAAUUGUCUAAAACAUGACUUCUCUUGUCAUUCUAUAUCCUUUUAAUAUUUUAUUUUUAUUAUUUUUAUUAUUUCAGGGUCUCUACUUUUAGACAGUUUACUCUCUUAUCUCACCACACCAGAGAGACAAAACUGUAAAGCUGUGUAUCUUCAUGUUUUAACCACAAACUCAGCCGCAGUGCAGUUCUAUGAAAGAAAACAUUUCAGCCAGUUCCGCUACCUUCCCUUGUAUUAUGCCAUCAAUGGAACCCACAAGGAUGGCUUUUCCUAUGUGCUCUACAUCAAUGGUGGAGAGCCACCAUGGACGCUUGCAUAUCCUUUCAAAACUCCUGCUGUACAUGUACUUUUUGGGUUAGGUUCUCGUAAGGGCGGUCGGAUUUUCUUAGUACUAUUGGAAAAUGGAAGGAAAGCUUUGGCAAGGCAUUUCUCAUCCAAUUUGUACCUAUUUUUAGUCUAUUGUAGGUACAGUCUUGGUUAA